AUAUUACCCAGUUCUUCCACAAAUGCACGAAUACAAACACAAACGCCCGUCUCCCCCAACCAACCAGCCACACACACCCAACGCAAUCGCAACGAAAUAUCAUACACUCAGAGAUAUAAGCCCAUGGAAGAGGCCCACACUCCCAGUCAGCCCCACGAAGCAUACAUCUCGCCGCUCCCUAUACUACCACACACCUUGAAAUCAGCAAAGCUAACCACGACCAAGAGC